ACUCUCGGCGCCAACCGCUACUGCUGCCCCUCCACGUUCAAAUCUCCUCCGUCCGAUCUCAUAUCAACGGCUCACGUUCCACCUACUCCACCACAAUCGGUUCCAACUCCUCCCCCCAAUUCGGAGCCAGAGCCAACCCAACCCGCCGCCGGCGAUGGACGCCGCCGCGACGGCGACGGCGGCGGCAGCGGCGGCGAUGGUGUGGUUCCGGAAGGGGCUGCGCGUGCACGACAACCCGGCGCUGGAGGCCGCCCGGCGCGGAUGCGGGCGGCUGUACCCGGUGUUCGUGCUCGACCCGCGGUACCUCCGCCCGGACCCCGUCGCGGCGUCCCCGGGGUCCGCGCGCGCCGGGGCGGCCCGCGUCCGCUUCCUCCUCGAGAGCCUCUCUGACCUCGACGCGCGCCUCUGCCGCCUCGGCUCCCGCCUCCUCCUCCUCCGCGCCCCCAGCGACGGCGACGGCGACGUGGCCGCCACCGUCUGCGCCGCCCUCAAGGACUGGAACAUCGGGAAGCUGUGCUUCGAAUCCGACACCGAGCCGUACGCGCUUGCCCGCGACAAGAAGGUCAUGGAUUUCGCGGCUGCGUCGGGGAUCGAUGUGUUCUCGCCGGUCAGCCAUACCCUGUUCGAUCCAGCAGAAAUCAUAGAGAAGAAUGGAGGCCGGCCGCCGUUGACAUACCAGGCGUUCGUGGCCGUCGCCGGGCAGCCGCCGGAGCCGGUUAUGGAGGAGUACUCCGAGCUGCCACCGGUUGGAGAUACCGGUGAGUAUGAAUUGUUGCCGGUGCCCAAAGUGGAGGAGCUUGGGUAUGGAGAUAUCAGCCAGGAGGAGCUUUCGCCGUUCCGAGGCGGCGAGACAGAAGCUCUGAAGAGAAUGAGAGAAUCACUUCAUGAUAAGGAGUGGGUUGCCAAAUUUGAGAAACCUAAGGGUGACCCGUCUGCUUUCCUGAAACCUGCGACGACUGUCCUGUCACCGUAUCUGAAAUUUGGUUGCUUGUCGUCAAGAUAUUUUUACCACUGCAUUCAGGAUAUUUACAGGAGCACAAAAAAGCAUACAAACCCACCUGUUUCAUUGAUUGGCCAGGUGAAUUUAUUUACAACUACCUUGGUUUGGUCGGAGAAGAACAGCGAUCUAGCGUCUGAAUGCUUCAGUUUGUUGUUGCAGUUGCUGUGGAGGGAUUUUUUCUACACUGUGUCUUUUGGGACUCCUAAUUUUGAUCGAAUGAAAGGAAACAGAAUAUGCAAACAGAUUCCAUGGACAGAGAAUGAAGAGCUGUUUCUUGCGUGGAGAGACGGUCGGACAGGAUAUCCCUGGAUUGAUGCUAUCAUGAUUCAGCUGAGGAGGUGGGGUUGGAUGCAUCAUCUUGCACGCCACUCUGUUGCCUGUUUUCUGACACGGGGUGAUCUGUUUAUCCACUGGGAGAAAGGUCGUGAUGUCUUUGAAAGGCUACUGAUUGAUUCUGACUGGGCUAUUAACAAUGGCAAUUGGCUAUGGCUGUCCUGUUCAUCCUUCUUUUACCAGUAUCACAGAAUUUAUUCCCCUAUCUCUUUCGGAAAGAAGUAUGAUCCUAAUGGAAACUACAUCAGGCAUUUCAUCCCAGUGCUGAAAGACAUGCCCAAGGAGUACAUCUAUGAACCUUGGACUGCGCCUCUCAGCAUUCAGAAGAAAGCAAAGUGCAUAAUUGGCAAAGACUACCCAAAGCCAGUGGUUGAUCAUGAGAUUGCAAGCAAAGAAUGCAAGAAGAAGAUGGGAGAAGCUUAUGCAUCUAAGCACCUCGAUGAUAAGCCUAACAAAGGAAAACCCUCCAAUUCUUCGCGAAGAAAAUUGUCUGCUGGCAGCCAAGUGACCUCAUCCAAGACUAAGCAACUAAAAGGAAGCAGCUGAUCUGAAUAAUUGUGCAGCAUGAAGAUUUCUUCAGCUUCACACUAACUGCUCCAUUUUCAGGAUUUCAGCAUCAGAAUUUCAGUUGUGAGUCGACGGCGACUGACAUCCAGCAUCCUGACAGUUGUACCUAGUGUGAUGACUACAGUACUAAACUAGUCUGAAUUAGCAGCAAAAGGCUAAAUAAACCGUACUAACAUUUAGUUAUUUAAUUACCAUCUGUUGUAGCAGUAACAAAGUACUUCUACUCCUAGUGAAUACCUGCUUCUUGUCAGGUGCUUGUUUACAUGAUGAACAAUUAGAGGUUCUCUGUCGUGAGUACAGAUCCUGCCAAACUAGAACUCUAUCUUGUCACACAAUUAACUCUGAUUGAUGGACAGGAAAUGAACGGAUGGUUUGGUUGCUUUGUACUCUACACAAAAGGGUCAAAACCAUGCCCUCAUCCGGCGUCCAUGAUGAACAAGCCAGCUCUAAUCUGGAAAGUGCAAAGUGACGACAGUGAUAAGCCCCAUCUUUACACAUCAAAACUCAAAGGAUUAGCGCAAGUUUGUUUCAAGGAUAAGAUGGCAACAGACAGGGACAAGAAAGUUCUUUUUUAAAAAAAAUUACAGUUCAUUUUUUCAUGGGUUGGGUUAAAAAAAGGCAGUGAAUUAGCACAGUACAGACACUGCAUUAAUGCAUGAUAAAACAAUUCAUCCGCACAUCUAUUGCAUUUCCUUUCCUUGUGCCCUAACAAACUCCGACCUAAUUUAUACCAAGGUCUACAACUGAAAGGGAUGAACGCCCAACUCAUGCCAUCCAUCAGCCAUGCU